AUGCUGAAUAGCUUGUUUAUAGUCAACACAUCUGGUGAUGUGAUCCUCGAAAAGCAUUGGAAGGCUGUUAUUCAUCGAUCAAUAUGCGACUACUUUUUCGACGCUCAGAAAAAGGCUGCAUCUCCCGAAGACGUGUUGCCAGUGCUGUCCACUCCUCAUCAUUAUCUUGUCAAUGUAUACCAUAAUCAAAUAUAUUUUCUAGCAGUGACAACAACUGAAAUUCCUCCCCUAAUGGUUAUUGAAUUCCUUCAUCGAGUUGUGCACACAUUUACGCAAUAUUUCGAUGAAUGCUCGGACACUUCGAUAAAGGAGAACUGUGUAAUGAUAUUUGAGCUACUUGAUGAAAUGCUCGAUAAUGGAUAUCCUCUGGUUACGGAAUUAAAUAUUCUCCAAGAUCUCAUCAAGCCACCCAACUUUCUUAGAAACAUUGCCAAUCAGGUUACUGGUCGAACUAAUCAUUCCGAAACACUCCCGACUGGUCAGUUAUCUAAUAUACCAUGGAGACGACAAGGUGUGAAGUAUACGAAUAAUGAAGCCUAUUUUGAUGUGAUAGAGGAGAUCGAUGCGAUCAUCGACCGUCAAGGAUCUACGGUUUUCGCAGAAAUACAGGGAUACGUGAGUUGCAGAUCGAUGUAUGUUGUAAACUGUCGGAAUGAACGUGUUCUGUCAUUUGUGCCUCCUGAUGGAAACUUUCGACUGUUAUCAUAUCACAUUGCUACUCAAAAUAUGGUUGCCAUUCCUAUUUAUGUUCGACAUUCAAUAGUGCUAAGAGGUGGAGCUGGAAGCCGACUGGAGAUGACGGUCGGGCCAAAACAAAGCAUGGGUAAAAUUAUGUCAAUGCCGAAAGCGGUGCUAAACUGCAACCUAGUGCCUUCACAAGGGAAGUGUACAUUUGAUCCCUCCUCACAUUUGUUGCAGUGGACAAUAGGCAAGAUAGAACUCGGAAAACCACCAAACAUCAAGGGAACUGUAUCUGUUUCUGGAACGACUACUAUUGAGACUCCACCGAUUUCUAUACGUUUUCGGAUCAAUCAGCUAGCUGUAUCAGGGCUCAAAGUGAAUCGAUUAGAUAUGUAUGGCGAAAAGUAUAAACCUUUCAAAGGUGUAAAAUACAUAACGAAAGCUGGAAAAUUCCAAGUACGGACGUGA